AUCACAAAACGUUUCCUUCCUUGCCUGUCGCUAAUUGCAUGUCGGCCUGCACGGAAGGUCCGUACUAUUGUCUCGAGAGCUUGGCAUACACACCUAGCUGGCUGCUGAUAUGACAAUGUACACCUGACGGCUGACUGCAAACUAAAAAAUUAUUCAUGAUUUCGGCAUUCAUAGGACUGGAGCAAAAUAUAUACUCGUCUUCCUUUCGACCCAUUCUAUGAGCUCCCUCUCCUUCUCCUCAUCGAUUCUCGGUUGCAUUGCCCAUCCAACUCCAGCUGGUCUGGUCAUCAUCCCUGCUUUUCUCUCCACCUUUGCCAGCAUUUAGCAGCUGGUCUGCCCUCACAACAAGAACCAGACCUUUUCUUUGCAACACCUUCACUAGCACAUCAUGGCCCGUCUCGCGCUUGCUUUCGUUACUUUUUCGGUCGCUGCGGCCUCCGCUUGGGCUGCAGGUCUCGCAGACCUCUACGACGAGAACGUUGCUAUGGUGCGACACUACGAGGCUCAGGGACCCAUAGCUCGCGGGCACGGCUCUGUUAUGGACAUCCUUAAAAGCCUCGAGGAUGACCCCCUAACGGCGGCCGCACUCUCCGAUAUGGAUCUUUCUGAAUUGACCCACAAGUCCACCAAUUCCUAUGGGUACCCCGGAGGCUCUGUCACCAUCACUGUUGACAACAGCUCGUCCAACCAUGCCAACUACAGCGGCAACACAGGUACUAUCAUCAAUGACGAGAGGAUCAAGCGAAGUCUUCUGCCUGCCCCGCGCCCAGUACCGGCUGCGGCUCCGAAAGCUGCUCCAGCAGCCGCGGCUCCGGCUCCAGCUGCGGCUCCGAAAGCUGCUCCAGCAGCUGCGGCUCCGAAAGCUGCGGCUCCAGCUGGGGGCUUCACCAGCUCCAUCCGGCCAGCAGCUGCGGCUCCGAAAGCAGCUCCAGCUCGAGCUGCCCCGCAGACGGUUAAUGUCACUAAGAACUCGCUCACAAUGAACAAGGACCAGUCCACCAACAACGCUGCCCAGAUGAACCACAAUUCUGGCCAAAUCCAGAACUCUGGGAACACGUACGGCGUCUACAAUGCUUGCACUGUUAUGAUCGAGGAGCGCAGCUUUGUCGACGAAGUCCUUCAAGCCCGUGAUCAAAGCUCAGACAAGCAGGGAGACUCGAAGCCGCAGGGUGACCAUGGGAGCCAGAAGGCGAACGGCUCAGGUACUCAAGACAUUCUGAGGAGGCGCGGCCGCGGCGGCGCAAACCACUGCGCUUGCAACUGCGGUAUCAGGCGUCGCAGUUCUGGCGUCGUUGAGAUCGCCAGCCCCAAUGCGCAUUCCCUGGAAGCCAGGCUCGAGCCGAGCUGCUCGAUUCUCAAGAAUACUGCCACCGGCCAGCACCAUUGGUCUGGCUCGUGCGCGAACUCGACGCUCGAUGGUCGCUCCAUUAUCAGCAUCUUGCGCGAGGUCGAGCUUUGAAACCAAGUGAAUGCAUGAAGCGUAUAAAGAUUCACGGAAAUCAUUUGGCUCUGUAAUCUAUGCAGUGCAGGAUGCUGAAGACAUACAUAAUGCUGC